CUUUGUCCUUCUUCCAUCGAUCAAUCAUGGAGAAAAUUAGCGCAACUGUGCUGCUCAUGGCUCUCUGGUGCAGCUUCGUCCUUCCGCAUGCUGCGGCAUCCAGCACUGUUCCUCCUUCCCCGGUGUGCGCUGGCUCAGGGGCGCCGCCGGUGAUGCUGGGAGACCCGCUGGGCUUCUGCGGCCACACCGGCAUCAGCUGCUGCGACGCCGUCGACGACGCAGCUCUGAGGGAGCAGUUCGAGGACAUGAACAUCUCCGACGCCGAGUGCGCCGCCAUCGUCAAGGCCUUCCUCUGCGCGAGAUGCAUCCCGUCUCUCUCGGCUGUGCUGUUCAACACGGCUGACCCGACGAAGCUCUCAGUUCCUCUGCUCUGCGCAGCAGGUACUCCUUGGUCGAGCUCUGCGGCGCACCAGCCCGUGACUGCUAGUACCAGAUCGACGCAGGUCCAGGAUACUGUGUGCCUGGAGAGAAUCAGCGCGGGCUCCUACCUCAACAUGGCCGCUCACCCGGACGGCUCGGGCCGAGUGUUCCUGUCCAGCCGGGACGGCACGAUCUGGCUGGCCUCAAUGCCCAAACGGGGAUCUGGAGCCGCCUUGCGGGUUCACCGCCCUUUCCUCGACCUCACGGAUCGGGUGCUCGGGCUGGCGGGCGUGGCGUUCCACCCGGAGUUCGCCACCAACGGCCUCUUCUUCGUCUCCUACAGCUGCGACAGCAGCGCCUCGCCGGCCUGCGGCGGCAGCAGGUGCUGGGGUGCUGCAGCCGGAAACGAUUUGACGCCGUGCCAGUACCAGCUCGUCGUCGCUGAAUUCUCCGCGAAAGGUGGCGCUGACUAUUCCAAGGCGACUCGAGCUGAUCCAUCUGAAGUGACUAGGAUCUUUACCAUGGGUUUGCCUCAGCCACACACAUCCUAUUCGUACCAGAAUCAUGGCGGCCAAAUCCUAUUCCGACCCAGAGAUAGCGAUGGAUACCUCUACCUCAUCACCGGGUAUGGUGAUUUCUCAAAGGACAGGAGAUCAAUUUGGGGCAAAAUUAUCCGGUUCAAUGUCGGCGGUGUGCCGGGAGAGAGCGUAUGGGCAAGCGGCCGUGGCGCUUCAAAGACAGACAAGCCUCAGAUCUUCACCAUGGGCCUGAACAACCCGAGCGGAUGCAACUUCGAUUCCGAGAGACCAUCCCACCUUUACUGCGCCGACGUGAAUGAUCAACAGUACGAGCGGGUGUAUGUGAUCUCCAUGGGUGGAAACUCUUCAUCCAAGGCGGCCAUCUCCCUCGUCAUCAACCACGGCCGUCCGACAGACGGCAGGAUGCCAUCCAUCGUCGGCGGUCUCGUCUACCGAGGGUCUGCCGAUCCCUCACUAGAAGGAAGGAAAGUUUUGUCGUUUCCUUCCUUCCAUUCCAUCCAUCGAUUUCAUGUCUGAUUGUGGCCUAAU